CGCGGUGGGGGCUGGACCAUGCUGCAGUGUGGGGAGACAAAGGGAUCCACAUCCAGGUCACUUCUUUCCCGCUUUGGGGGCUCGGUGCCCGGGCUGUCUCGUAGGCAAAGCCAUUGGGGUCCUGCCCGGCCCCAGUGGGGCGGUGUCCUGCUCCAGGGGUGUCCUCUUGCCACUUUCCUAAUAAAGCUCCUCAUACUGGUGGCCGAGCUCAUAUCAGGUGUCUGAAGGAGGCAGGUUCUGAGCAUCUGUGUCCUGAUGGCUGCUGGAGCUUCUACUCCAAGUUCAAGGACAGGAGAGCCCAACACUUGACAUCUUUCUUUGGAUAUGCCGCCUGGCUCAACUAUUCACCGCAAUGAAUUACUGGGAUCUUGAGUGGGGAGAGGAGAAGAAGAGAGCAUGUAUGUAUAUGGUGGAACAUCAGAGAAGGGUGUGGACUCUGAGCCCCAGGAGCAUGAGCUGGUAGAGAAGAACCAAGUGUGUUGUCGAGUCUGCUAGACAGGUUCCUGGAGCAAGAGUGAGGAGAUCGGGCCCCAUCGUUGGGACACUUUAGGGAGACAGCAGAUGGCUGCAGUCCUGGUGUGAUGUGUCUGGAUGAUGCAUAAUCUCAGGACCCCUGCACUGGUGAAUAUGGGGGAUUACCAAGUAUGGAAUAAAAUUGUCUGAAAUUAUAUUGUUGUUCCAGGCUCUGCCAUGAAAAUAUAUUGUCUGAAAGCACUGUGUGAUAUGCCAUAUUUGGACAAUAUAUUGUAUGCGGGCCUCUCACUGGUGUGGCCUCUCCCGUUGCGGAGCACAGGCUCCGGACACGCAGGCUCAGCAGCCAUGGCUCACGGGCCCAGCCGCUCCGCGGCAUGUGGGAUCUUCCCGGACCGGGGCACGAACCCGUGUCCCCUGCAUCGGCAGGCGGACUCUCAACCACUGCGCCACCGGGGAAGCCCCAAAAUUUCAAUUUUUGACUUGACAGUUUAUCUGUGUGAGAACAUUGAUCAAGUGAACACUUUACAAAGAAAAGCAAGAUGCCGGGGUAUUUACCGAAGGAGACACAACUAUUGGUCUCAACAGGCCACUUCCCAGCAGCAGCAAGAUAGAGAAUCACUAAGAAGUGAUGCUCACGUGGACAUCCAAGCAAGAUAUGCUCCCUAUGCCAUUCCAUCCUGUCAUCGGAGAGGCAAUUUUCAGGAACAAGACGAAACCCAUGUUAGCAAGGAGACAGAGCAAAAGCCUCCAGAGAGAAGAAUGGAGAGAAGCAGGCAGGAUGAGACCUUGGGGAGCUGGUUCAAGAUCAGAAUUCCCUUCGGUAUUAAAUAUGAUGAGAAGUGGCUGCUGAAUUUGAUUCAGAAGCAAUGCAGUGUCCCCUUCACCCCAGUCGAAUUUCACUAUGAGAAAAUGCAGGCCCAGUUCUUCGUUGAGAAUGCCAACAUUGCCUUCGCACUGAAGAAUGUCAAUGGCAAGAUUUACAAUGAGGCUAAUGAAAGGAUAUCUAUCUUUGUUGAUCCCUGUGAUGCACCCCACUCUGUGCUGAAGGAGCUGAGGUCAGAAAAGGUGGAGCAGAUAAAGCUGCCCGUGAAGGAACAAUAUGAUGCCUCCCAGCAAUCUCUUGACAUCCAGAGAGUCCGCUCUGACCCUGACUUGAUGACCCGUGAUACUGGAAUGGCACGAAACCCUAGAACUGGCGUGGCCGCCUCCCUGCAGAUCCAUCCAGGGAAUAUGCCCAAGCUUUUGGCCUUGGACCUGAGCAAUAAGAAACCCUACCAGCUGCACAGCCUGUCCAACACUAUGCCGAAUGCUUCCAACACCAAGAACUUGAACCUCUCCAACACUGAGGUGGAGUCUGCAGGGGAGAUGGACAAGGGUGAGCGGCUGGAGCCAGAAGGGAUGUGUGCAGACAGAAACCCCCUGUGCACCACCUUCCCUGAUAUGUCAACCAACAUAAGCUCCAUCCUGGAAUUGUUCCCCAAGUUACUAACGUUGGAUGACCAGGAGACAUCCCCACUGGCUAAGUGUGGUUUUGAAGCCUGCAAGCGCUUACCAACCUGCAAGGGAAGCUACUUUGGAUCUGAUGAGCUGAAGAGCCUAGUCCUGCAAUUCCUGAAGCAGUACUACUUGAUCUAUGACUAUGGAGACAGACAGGUUCUCGCGGGUGCUUAUCACGAGGAGGCCUGCUUCUCCCUGACGAUUCCCUUCCACCCCGAGGACCCAGCCCCAAGCAGCUUGUGCGAGUAUUUCAAGGACAGCAGGAAUAUGAAGAAACUCAAGGACCCCCACCUGCGGGUCCAGCUGCUGAAGCACACAAAACGUGUCAUUGUGCACACCCUCUGUGUGUUGCCCAAGACUCAGCAUGACUUCAGCUCCUUCGUGGUGGACACGUGGUUCCAGACGGAAACGAUGCUCUGCUUCUCCGUCAGCGGGGUGUUCAAGGAAGUGGAAGGAAGUUCUCAGCGCUGUGUGCAUGCUUUCACCCGGACCUUCAUCGCUACCCCUUCCCACGACUGCAGUCUGUGCAUCGUGAAUGACGAGCUGUUUGUGAGGGAUGCCGACCCCAGUGAGACCCAGAGUGUGUUCUCCAUCCCACUGCCUAUACCCACCUCAAGCUCCAUGCACCCCUCUCCCAGCAGCAGCAGGACAUCAUGCAGGCAUUCCCCACCCCAUCUGAGGUGAACCUCUAGUGUUCUCAGAAGUGAGUGCUGGGGUUGCAUGGGGAUAGGAGGGAGCUGGGAGGAGUAGAGGAGUGAUUAAUGGGAAUUUUCAGGUAAUUAUUUUAAAUCUAUUUUUUCUUACAAACGUUUACUUGUGAGAAAUACCCUAAUUUCAUACUAAUACAUUUCCAUGUAUUAUAAAAUACAGGUAUCCUAUCUUAUAUACUGUUUUGAAACUUCUUUUUUUAUUAGUGCCAGCAUAGUUUCUUCUCAGUAUAUGUGAAGCUACAUUAUUCUUUCUAAGAUCAAUAUAUUAAACAAUUGAAUUCCAGGAAGCCAUAAGCUAUUAUUGAUAGGCAUUUAACUUUUCGCCUCUUUUUCAGCAUUACAUGCAGUGGCAUCUGCUCAUUCUAGUACAUAAAUGUUGGUAAACUUGAAGGCUUGCUCUUGUAGCAUAGAUGUAGCAGUGAAGUUGUGUGGUCAAGUGUCUCCAGUUUGGUCCUAAGGGAGGUCAUCUAUCCUCCCCCACUAGAGGUGCUUUCAGUACAAUGACUAGACUAUACCAGAACUAAAAAUUUCUUUACUCAUCAAAAAGUGAAUUCUGAGAAUUCAGAGAUAAGAAGAAAUAGACCUCUAGGCUUUCAGGAAGGUGAAGGUGGACAG